AUGCCAACUGUUGAAGAUCCAAGUGGUGAACAAAACUUCAUUGCUCAUUGGAUGUCUGAUAGCUCCCAUGCAGGAGUCUUAUUAGAUCCUAGUUUUACUGGUUUGAAAAUCAACAAAGAAAAUUUGUUAUCUGGACCUGAAAACAUCACAGCUUUCCCUGCUGAAGCAUUGCAUCUUUCAGACAGCUGUUCUGUAAGUGAUGACUCCUUGUGUGAAGAGCCUGGCAGCUCUUGUACACUUCAGCAAUAUGCCACUGAAACAUCUUUUCCAGCAGCAGCAUGUAACGUAGAAGCGUCUAAAACAGACUUUGUCCGUGGUGAGGUGGAUGGUCAGAAUAAAUCCAAUCACAGUGAUCCACUCUUACAAAAGCUUGAACAGCUGAAGGAAUUGCAACAACAGAAACAGGAACAGCUAAAGAAACAACAGAUGGAGCAACUUCAAAGGCUAAUGGAAGAGCAGCAGAAGCUACUUAGCAUGGUAUCUGGCCAGACAGCAGUUUUUGGCUAUACACUAAUGGCUGAAAGUCAAAAGCUAAGACCUGGGCAUUCAGUGGGCUUAACAACUUUACACCAAUUGCUAUCAUCUGGGUAUCAGAAUAUUUUUGAAGACAGAGCUUGUGCUCUGAUUGUUUCUCCACAUACACAAGAUAGUAAUUUUUUACAAAAGUUAAACAACAAAGAAUGCACCUUAUCUUUGAAGAACAGUUUUUCAGGAGUGUCUGCCUGUGAGAAACAAGGAAAAAACAUGUGGUGUCCGGAACAAAAGAUGGAAAUAUUAAUGGAGAGUGAAGAUAAUCACGUUGAUCCUUUAUGUGUGGAAAGUGCAGAUCUCUCUGAAAAUUCCAGCGGACGAAAACAUUUGUGGACUAAUACAGAGGAAAGACCUAUUAAAGCUGCAAUUCAGGAGAAGAAACAGACAUUUGAAGAAUUCCUGGAAGAACAGAUACAACUAGAAAAGCAGCGUCUGGAGCAAACCCAGAAGUUACAGGCGACAAACGGAUCGGCCAUUCAAAAACCCGUGAUCAAACGACCCUUCCUGAAAAGAGGAGAGGGCUUAACAAGAUUCACUAAUGCCAAAUCUAAAAUGACAAAACUUGGAGAAAAUGCCCUAAAACUUCAACAAAGGGCUUCAGAUGACAGAAAUGUUAUUAAAGUGGACAGAUCACAAAUACAGAAGAAAACUGUGCCUCCUGGCAAUGAACUCGUUUCUGAGAACACUUUUGCACCAUGCAAAAAAUAUAAGCACCCUGAUAAACCAAAACAUUGUCUUAUUCAGAAGACCCUGGUACUUGGGAAUCACAAUGGAAAAAAUAUCUUGCCAUUAGAAACAAGAAUUGAACCAGGAAAAAAUCAUGAUGGACAGAUGAGAGAUUCUUUCCCAUUAGAAAUUAGCAACAAAAUAGAAAAUAAAGAGAACAUAGUAGAAUUUGCUAAGUCUAACACUGUCAAAAUUGGAAACAAAUUACCUGGCACAGAAAAUCCUCAGUUGUCUCAUGAGCUGGCCAGAGCCUUUUCUAAUUCUAAAUGUGCUGUAGGUCACCCUGUAAAAGAUUCAGAACUGUCUUUUGAAGUUUCAUUUCAGAAUAAGCUGGAAAACUGGGAAAAAGAAAAAGAAAAAGAGAAUCUAGAAUUAGAUGAAUUUUUGUUUCUAGAACAAGCUGCAGAUGAAAUAUCUUUCUCAAGUAAUUCCUCAUUUGUGCAAAGGAUCUUAGAUCAAGAUCAGCAAAUUUUAAAAGGCCGUAGAAUGUCUUCUACCCCUAUCAAGGCAAAACAGCAGCAAGUAAAGGUGCUGGCUGUUGAACUUAUAAAUAAGAAAAAUAAAAAGGCAGACUGUAUGACACAGGGCAAUAUAAAUGAUAGAGCAGUUAUGCAUACAGUCUCAAAUUCAGGGACAUCUUUUAGAAUGAAGGAUCCAUUGAAUAAAACAGACAGCGUAGUAUUUUCAGCUUCUUCCAUGACAGCAGCUCCUGCUUUAAAAAGUAAUCAAUGGAUUGUAAAUGAAGUUAAGGGUGAGGGCAAUGGUGAUACUACUACAGGUUCUGAGAGUGAAUUUGAGACUACAUUAAAGCAUGAAAAUGAAGAUGCUAAGACAUCCUUUAUGAGCCAUAGAGAAAGUGAUCCAGAAUUUUUUGAUUAUGGAAGUUCUGUUACAGACAACAGCAAAGAAGGCAAAAAUGGAGAUGCUGACCUUGGCUUCUCAGACAAAGGUUGCAGUAUACUGUCAAAACAAAAGAUUAGAAAACCCUCAGACCAUCACAGCAGCAUGUCUUGUAUAAGUAGGAGUAAGUUUGAGUUUGAUGAUGAAAGAACAUGGAGCGAUCUUGAUGAAAAUUAUGUUAACAGUGAUUUACCUGAAAAAUAUGCUAAAAUACCUUUACAGAUGGACUUUUCCAGUAAGAAUGUUACAACUGUCCCAGAUAAAGCAAUAAAGAGAAAAAUUGCCUCAAAGAGGGGAGAUGAAAUGUCCAAAGAGUCUGCAGUGGACGGUGAUUCAAAUAGACCUGUAUCAAACCUGAUGAUGAAACUGUUUCCUUCACUGAAACCGAAACAGAAGGCAGGCUGCCAUUCAGAGCAUGAAAUCAAAUCAAAUGAGGAACAGGAGCCAGGAGGAAACACUAUUCCAUCCCAGGUACUGAGAGAGAGACUUACUGAAUUGGAAACUGAAAUAGAGAGAUUCAGAGCUGAAAACACAACUAUAACUAAACUCCGUGAAGAAAGAGAGCAUGCCUUGGCAAAUAUCAGGAAAGAAAUUGCAGACUUUCAACAGCAGAAAGCCCAAGAACUGGCCGAAAUAGAAGAAUAUAAAAAAAAGGAAAUGAAAAAACUGCAAAAGGAGCGUAAAGUUUUUGAAAAAUACACCACAGAAGCUAGAGCAAUUCCAGAUAAAAAAGAACGUGAUGAAAUUCAGGCUUUAAAACAGCAGAUUGCAGAAUUACAGGAAGAUUUAAAGAGAAAAGAGGCAAAAUGGUCAACCACCCAUCGACGCCUGAAAGAUCAAAUAGAAGCUUUAGUAAAUGAGAAUAUGGAGCUAAAAGAGGAAGUCAGAAUUAUGGAGAGGUUUCGUCUAGAAGCCUGGAAGAAAGUAGAAGUUGCUGGAAGCAAGAGGAAAAUAGGAAGUUCUGGGAUGACUCAAAAAAGAGCAGAAUCUUGUCUGCCAAAUAGAGGCCCAAAAAGUCAGACUGCAUCUCCACUUCUUCCAGUACACAAGUGCAGCAAGAUAAAUGGCAAAAGUUAUUCACAGGCAAAAGGAAAGCUUUCUAGAACAUCUGCAUCAGGACCUGCUAGUGACAGAAGCAACUCUGAGACAAUGACAGCACUAGAAGAUUCUUCUAGGACUUUUAUGGUAGACACCUCUUCUAAUGAAGCUCAUGUGUCCCUACCAUCUGGACCUGCAUAUACAGACAGUGAAGAGAUACAGAGAGAAACUGCUUAUCCUGAUGGAAAGGUUGAAAAGGUUUUAAAAAAUGGCUGUCACCUCAUAUUUUUCCCCAAUGGGACAUGGAAAAAAGUGGGUUCUGAUGGGAAGACUGUAACUAUAACCUUCUUCAAUGGGGAUGUGAAGCAGGUUAUGCCUGAUCAAACAGUGAUUUAUUAUUAUGCUGAUGCUAAGACUACACAUACUACAUACUCCGAUGGCUUAGAGGUCUUGCAGUUUUCAAAUGGACAAAUAGAGAAGCAUUACCCUGAUGGUAAGAAAGAAAUUACCUUCCCUGAUCAAACGAUUAAAAAUUUAUUUACGGAUGGCCAAGAAGAAAGUAUCUUUCCAGAUGGUACUAUUGUUCGUAUUCAGCGAGAUGGAAGCAAAACUAUAGAGUUUAAUAAUGGCCAAAGAGAACUACACACAUCACAGUUCAAGAGACGGGAGUAUCCAGAUGGUACUGUCAAGACUGUGUACACGAAUGGACAGCAGGAAACAAAAUACAUCUCUGGGAGAGUAAGAGUAAAGGACAAGGAUGGUAAUAUUAUCAUGGACACUAAGUUGUAG